AGCCGGAAGCAGGAUGCAACUCAUUACAAUCUCCAGGCGGAAAACCUGAAAGCACCAUCGGCAAACUUCAAUCCUGACAUACCACCAACUUCUGGCCAUUCAACUCCGACACCUUAUUCGAUUGGUUUUGGUUCCUGCUUCGCUCCGUCAAACCUCGGUGCACGCAUGUCAGCCUCCAAUGAUUCGGGUCUGCCGUUUUCAACUUCGUUCGAUUUCGGCUCUUCCUUCGCCUCGUUAGUCGGCGCGGUCCCGCUUGAUCUCACGCCCGCUUCUUUAGCUACAUUCCCCUCCUUCCUGACGGCGCCCAAGACCGACAACGCUUCCAACCCGGUCUAUCCUGUUUUUCCCGUCACACCUUCGGGAGAGCGGGGUGACUUUUUCGGCCAAUCCCUUGGGAGUUACGGUACUCAACUGACUCCUUCACACACCAUAGACUGCACGCUCCUUGCCGGUUGCCUCAGUCGCGGCUCUCACCUAUUGACCCCUCCCGUUAUAACAACACACUUCGACCACGUGUCCGACAUUGUGGCCCAUCAGCUGUAUUCGGACAGCUCCGUCAGCUCCGACCAACAGGUUUCUACGACGCUCGUCGGGACAACUGAGCCAAUCAAGCAAAAUGACGACAGCAUAACAAUGCCGUUGACCCCCUCUCCGUGUUCGAUGGAGGGCGUCUUGGUGGGGCGAGCGCGGCAUGGGGCGCCAGGACCCCAACAACUACAGCGGUGCUCAGGGCGGGCCGGGAUCGAGAGAGAAAAGAAGCGUCGCGUAGUGGGGGGAGUCGACAGCACCUUCACCCUAGACAAUGUCAGGCCCGCAAAACCAUACAAAUGCCCCGUGGAAGGAUGCGUCAAAUCGUACCGCAGGAAUGAGCACGUGAAACGGCAUAUUAAGAGCGAGCAUCAUAGGGUAUCGUUCUCUUGCCAGUUCUGCAACCAUGCUGCCAACCGGCGGGAUAACUACAUGGCUCACCUCAAGCUACACACAAAGCAACGGAAGUCGGGGGCCGGCGAGCGUAGGGUGACUUUCUACGAGGAUGCGGUGCGGAAAUUUGCCGAUGAGAAGCAGAAUGAACGGCGACGAGGGCGGAAUGCUAAGCUUGGUGAGCCGCUAUCUAAGUAGUAGGGGGGGGUAAGAGGGAGGUCCCAGUUUGCUUCCGAGUUAAUAAGCGCAAG